CAAAACAAAAGUCAUAGAAGAAACAAAACAAAACACCGCAAAAAACCAAUUAUAGAAUUUUUCCUCAGUAUUUUUUUAUGUGGUGCAUUUUCUAAGACAUUUUCCAACUAACAAUGAUGAACAACGCAUAAACUUGUAUGGAAGAAAGUGUAUUUUGUAUAUGGACAAAUUAGUGCAAUUGAAAAUUAUAGAAUUAAGAGGAAAAACGCAGAAUUACGCACAGUCUCAGCGUUAAAAUGUCUUUUGAGAAAGUGUUGUACAAAUUUGAGGAACCCCAUGGACCCGGAGAUGUUUAUUUUAUAUGGCAAAAGGGUGCACAGGGAACACUAUUGGCUACAACGGGAUCCGAUGGUACAGUGUCUGUAUUUAACAGACAGGGACAAAUGGUGGAGAGAUUAACGCUGCCUGGUUUGUGCUCGGGUUUUGCCUGGGAUAAUGAAGGUGAAGUUUUGGGUAUUAUAACCGCCUCCUCCCCUGUCAUAACAAUAUGGAAUGCCUCUACGCAAGAGAAACUUUCCGUCGAAUCUGGUCUAAGAGAUCCCUUGUCCUGUAUAAUAUGGUCUAAGCAGGAACAGAUAAUGGCGGUGGGUACUGCCCGUGGCAAUUUAGCCAUUUAUAAUCAUAAAACCAACAAGCGAAUACCCGUUUUGGGUAAACAUUCCAAACGCAUUAAUUGUGGUGCCUGGUCGGCGCAAAAUCUUUUAGCUUUAGGUUCCGAUGACAAAACUUUCUCUCUCAGCAAUGAGGAGGGUGAUUCCAUGCGAGUGGUGCAAUUAAGGGAUGUACCUAGUGAUAUGUAUUUUGCCGAAAUGGCCAAUGAAGAUCGUAUAAGUGGCGAUAAUGCCAUUAGUAUGAUUAUAGGCAAACGUACCUUGUAUCUUUACUAUCUGCCCGAACCGGAUACACCCACUGAAUUGGGUUUUCAAAGUCGUUAUGGUUCUUUAUUGCAACACAAAUGGUUUGGUGAUGGCUAUAUACUGUUGGGUUUCUCAAACGGGCAUGUUGUGGCCAUUUCUACACAUCCCAAAGAUAUUGGUCAAGAGCUGUGGCAAGUGAAAAAUCACAAAGAACUGCUUACUGGUCUGGCUUACUGUCCGGCAUUGGAAAUUGUUGCCUCAUGUGGUGAUGACAACAUCAAAAUACAUUCCAUUACAAAUUUACAUGAAACGGAAAAAAUUAUUACUGUACCCGAUCAUUCGGGUGUACAAAUGAUUGAUUGGUCGGCGGAUGGUCAAUUGUUGUCGGUAACCACAAUGACGGGUUCGGUAUUUAUUUAUGUUACUAAACUUCCUAGUCUGCAUGCAGUAUCAGCUCCCAGAAUUGCUAUUUUAAGCAGUUUAGCCGAAGUUUCCAUUUAUGUUUAUUCUCCCGAUAAAUCUAAACCACUGCCCUAUCGUCAAAGUCUCGAAACGGAACCAAAUGUUCUGGCAAUUGGUCCAUAUCAUCUGGCAUCCUGUGUAGAUAAACAUGUCUGGUUUUAUGAUUUAGGUAAAAGUCUAGGAGAUCAGCCACAACCUUUAAGUGAAAGAGACUUCUCGCAAACAGUAGAAGACAUUAAACUAAAUGCAGACUAUUGUGCCGUCUUCUGUCCACCACAACUAAUGCUACAAGCCAUUGUCACAGAUAAUCCUAAUGUAAAAGACAAAUUAAUGCAAAUGUUUCCCAAUGCAGUGCCAACAUUAAAUGAUGCUGUUAUCACGUGUUUUGGUCUAACCCAGGAAUAUCUAAUAUUUGCCACAGAUAUUGGUCAUUUAGUGUAUUUCUCUUUGGAGAAAUGGGAAAUAUGCACCAUGUAUCGCCACAAUAUGGGCUUGACGAAAAUGUUUACCGACAAUGAGGGCACAAAAUUAAUAUUCAUAGAUGAUCAUGGUCAGGGUUAUGUUUUCUUGCCCGCCCUAGAGGAGGCCAUAUUAAUAGCGGAAUUUCCUAAAAACUGUCUGGUUUGCUUGUGGGAUUUGGCACAACCUAACCAUUUUAUCAGCUACGAUGGUAAAUUGGUUUAUACUCAUGUAUUUGUGCGCUAUUCCGUUUAUGGUAAACACACUUUAAAGGCGGGAGAAACGAAAUUGAAUGUCUCACAGAUACCUUUAAUGUUGUGUGAUGGUGAAAUGGUUUUACACAUAGAUGGUGGUCAAUAUGCUACACAAUCUUUGGCCACACACUUGGUAUUACCCGGUACUAGUCAAAAUGCUAAUUUAAAGAAUUUCUUGAAUUUACGAAAAUAUUCAGAGGCUUUUAAGGUGUGCGAAAGGAUUAAUUUAAAGGGUUCUUGGUUGGAAUUUGCCAAGCAGGCUUUGGAAGAUUUGGAACCUACUACAGCUUUGAGGGCUUAUCGCAAAAUUGGUGAUGUGUCUAUGGUUAAUGUUUUGGAAGAUAUACGUUAUUUGGAGGAUAUUUAUUUAAUAAGCGGUUUCUGUUGCCUUUUACUGGAGAAAUACGAUGAAGCCAAAGAGUUUUUCCUAAAAGGCUCCUAUACCAAAGAUGCUUUAGAUAUUUGUCGUGAUCUUUUGCAGUGGGAACAGGCUUUGCUGCUGGCUCAUAAAUAUGAACCAAAUGAAGUACCAUUUAUAGCGCGUGAAUAUGCUCAGCAAUUGGAAUUUAAUGGCAACUACGCUGAUGCUUUAUAUCACUACGAAAAAGGCUAUAAAGAAGAUUUAAUUGAUGACACCGAAAUACAACAAUUAGUUAAUACCUCUCCAGAGUAUGAAGAACAUGUGCGCCUCUGCAAAAUGGGUAUAGCCAGGACGUCCAUAAGAGCAGGUGAUUUUAGAAGAGGGAUCCAAUAUGCUGUUGAAAUCAACGACAAACAAUUGCUAUACGAUUGUGCGGAACUGUUAGCUACCGUAGGUCAUAUAACCGAGGCAGCCGGCCUUUACGAACGUGGUGAAUACUACGAUGAGGCCUGUUCGCAUUAUAUCGCGCUGAAAAUGUGGAAUAAAGCCAAUCAAAUUUUACCAAAUGUAAAAUCUACCAAAUUACAUGCUUUAUAUGCAAAAGCCAAAGAAUCAGAUGGUCAGUUUGAAGAGGCUAUAAAUAGUUAUCGCAUAGCAGGGGAUUUAGAUGCUUGUGUGCGUAUUUACCUCGAUCAUUUGUGUGAUCCGCAUGCAGCAUCGGAAAUUGUCUUAGAAUCGCGCUCUAUGGAAAGUGCUAAACUAUUGGCGAAAUUCUAUCAGAAAAUCGGUGAUAUAGAACAGGCUUUACAAUUUCUGGUUUUAUGUGGCUGUGUAGAGGAAGCUUUCUCGCUGGCACAGAGGCAUAAUAAACUUAAACGACAUGGUGAAUUGCUGGAGCGAUAUGAAAAUGCCAAAUCAAGUGAUUAUUUGGCUUUGGCUCAGUAUUUUGAGGGAGAAAAGUAUACUUUGUUGGCGGGGAAAUAUUACUUUUUGGCACGCGAAUUCAGCAAAGCCUUAAGGUUUCUUUUAAAAGCCUCUUCCUUUAGUAACGAAGAAUCUCAGGCCUUAUCUAUGGCCAUAGAUUGUGUGGCCACUUCGAAUAAUGAGCAGCUGGCUACUCAGCUAAUAGAGUUUUUAUUGGGUGAAGUUGAUGGUUCCCCUAAAGAUCCACGCUAUUUAUUUAGACUGUAUAUGGCGCGACGGCACUAUAAAGAUGCUGCCAAAACUGCUGUCAUAAUAGCCAAUCAGGAACAGUUGUCGGGCAACUAUAAAGCGGCUAGAGAUUUGUUAUAUUCCAUGUAUCAGGAACUAAGGCGUAAUAAUCUUUCGGUAACAGCCGAAAUGAGGCACAAUUUAAUUUUAUUGCACCGUUAUACUUUGGUGAGAAUCCAUGUUAAAUUGGGUAAUCAUUUGCUGGCAGCUAAAUUACUGGUGCAAGUAGCAGCCAAUAUAUCACAAUUUCCUUUGCAUAUUGUACCGAUCUUAACCUCCACCGUUAUAGAAUGUCAUCGUUCUGGUUUAAAAAAAUCGGCCUUUAUGUAUGCCUCCAUGCUUAUGCGGCCGGAGUAUCGCAAUAGUCUCGACUCGCGUUAUGCUAAAAAGAUAGAGUCCAUAGUACGUAAGGCCCCCAAAGGUAUUAAAAACUUUCGUGAUGAAAUCGAUGAUGAGACCAUGGAAUGUCCCAUAUGUGAUACAAAUCUACCCAAUAUGGAGGUGACUUGUUAUAGUUGUAAGACCACAUUACCCAUUUGUAUUGCCACCGGCCAGCAUAUAAUCAAACAGCAUAUGACCUCAUGUCCUUCAUGUGAUUUUCCCUGUUUUAGAGCUGAAAUGGAAAAUAUUUUAUCGGAACUUAAUGAAUGUCCCAUGUGUGAAGAAAAUGUUGAUCCUCAAAAUCUUUUGGAUGUUGAAGAUAUACGUCCUUAUAUAUUGGCUUCUUCUUAGUAAAUUGUUUCGUGUUUGGCAUAAUUAUUUUACAUAUAGUAUCUCAAUUUUUUAGUACUUAAGUAUUUAUUAUAUAUUUUUGCGUAUUUUUUUUAGUUUAAGCUAAUUCAAUUGACACCAAAUAUAAGUUAAGUAUAGCAAUUUUAAU